AUGUCAGAUCCAGUUCGGUACCAUAUAAAUGGCUUGAAAACGCAUUAUCCCAUACACUUGUCGAAGAUGUUUUUACAAUUUUGUUGCUUUAUCAGUUUAUUGAGAAAAUCUGUGGGUGGGGGACAGAUGGAGGUUGGAGUCCUACAGGUCCUCCUAGCGGCGGUGGGGGAGGUGCUGGAUGGUUUCCACGACGAUGAACCCCCGAUGGAGAUGGGGCGGGAUGCUAACGCCUGGUUGGGAAAAGACGACUCCUCGUGUGAAGGGAACGGUGGCAACGUGUUUUCUAGACGGCACUGGUGCAAAAUUGUGAUGGGAGCGAGGGCAAGUAUCCCUGUGGCGGAAGAAAACUUCGUCUGCUGUUUGCCGAAUGUCUUGCCGUCAACUUGUGGGGACCAAGCUUUGAGUCGACGUCUAAGACGGCAGAGCGUGCGCGGAAUUUCUAGGAUUGUAGGCGGAGCUGAAACAAAGGCACACUCAUGGCCAUGGCAGGUUUCCCUUCAGCUCAAUGAUAACAAUUUCCACUUUUGUGGUGGCACACUUAUCAGCGAUCAAUGGGUAGUCACAGCGGCACAUUGUUUAGUCGGAGAUUCUACAGUGGCUAGAGUAGUUCUCGGAGAGCAUGAUAGAUCUACAGAAAAUGGCCGGGAGAUAACUUCAUCUGCCACUGUUUUCAGUCAUCAAAAUUAUGAAAACAGCGCGCCCUAUCCAAAUGAUAUAGCCUUGUUAAAGCUGAAAACACCAGUUGCAUUAAAUGACAACAUUCAUCCAGCAUGCCUGCCAGAAAAUGGAACUACUUUCGAUACAGGUACGGACGACUGUUGGAUCACCGGAUGGGGAGACACGAAAGACACUGGCGAUGAGAGUAAGUUGAAUGAACUACAGAUAUCUAUAGUUGACAAUGAAUCAUGUGCUAGUAAAUGGGGCGAAAAUUACAUCCUAAAAACGAACAUAUGUGUCGGGGACGGUCUGUCCGGUGCAUGUAACGGAGAUUCGGGUGGUCCGUUAUCUUGUCGCCGACAGGGAGAACAGGCCUGGGAACUUGCCGGAGUGACAUCUUGGGGUGCAAGUGGCUGUCAGUCAGAGGGUUUACCAAAUGUGUACACCAGGGUGUCCCAGUACCGACAGUGGAUCCUAGCUACAAUGAGGAAAAACUUGUAAAUGAUGGACAUUUUCUUGUAUCUUAACUGGCUACAACUCUUCAUUAAAAAUAACUAGACCCCGUGUUGAGAUUUUCUUUAAUAUCGAAGUUGAAAUAUGUUCAUUAUAUACCAGACUAU